AUGGCAGAGAAGGAUUUCAUCAGUUGGCAUCUGCUGACUUAUUUUUUUCUUCCAUUUUGCCUGUGUCAAGACAAAUACAUGGAGCCCCCACAAACAGGACCACAGAAUCCCGACUGCAGUACCUGCUGCCGCGGCGAUUUUGGAGAUCGACUCUACCAAGGGCCCCCAGGACCUCCCGGCCCCCCUGGGAUGCCAGGAAAUCAUGGAAACAACGGGAAUAAUGGAGCAACAGGCCAGGAGGGAGCCAAGGGUGAGAAAGGAGACAAAGGAGAUAUGGGACCAAGAGGAGAGCGCGGCCAUCACGGACCCAAAGGGGAGAAGGGCUACCCUGGGAUCCCCCCGGAGCUGCAGGUUGCAUUCAUGGCUUCCAUGGCUACUCACUUCAGCAACCAGAACAGUGGCAUCAUCUUCAGCAGUGUCGAAACCAACGUCGGGAAUUUCUUUGAUGUCAUGACUGGUCGAUUUGGAGCUCCAGUGAAUGCUGGCAUGAGGGAGAAGCAGGUUGCAUUCAUGGCUUCCAUGGCUACUCACUUCAGCAACCAGAACAGUGGCAUCAUCUUCAGCAGUGUCGAAACCAACGUCGGGAAUUUCUUUGAUGUCAUGACUGGUCGAUUUGGAGCUCCAGUGAAUG